GUAAACCGAGUCCUUCCUGUACUGCAGAAGCACUCCUAAACCAACUCUCACAGCGGGGGUUCAGAAUUCCUCCAGGAGAGCAGUUCUAAAUGCAACGCCGGAAAUUACAAAACGGUAACAAUCAAACUCCGGAUUUAUUUUGGCUGCUCCACAUACGUUGUUUAUAAAACAUGUCUUUUUAACGUCCCUGAUUAUUUACAAUCUGUCGUACUUGGACAUUCAGUAAAUCUUAUUAUAUUGUCUAAUGACGUGCGGUAUACAUGUCCAGAGACAAUCUUCCUUAUAAAUUAACUUAACAGUACGUUACUUAUGGUUUGAGUGGGAUUCGAACCCACGGUCCCAGUGACCAAGCGGCACAAGGCCCACUCCUCAGACUGCGUGGCCUCUUUUUCGGUUUGAAGGUGGGGGUAAGAGGAGGGUAUGGGUCAUUCCUAUUCUUGACAUCGGCGCUGAAUGCGAUUAAGUGGCUAGCAUCACGUCUCGGCCGCGCUUUACCGAAGUACCGAUUGAACAGGAGGUGGGGUGGACCCCUGGGUACUAACACACAGACCGCUAGAUUUUAAAUGCGAUAAUGCUUCUGGAUGUGGCCGAUUUAAACCUAUCGCCUACUCUAACUUACGGGUUUCAUAGUGGCUCUACCUCGCAGUUCGUAGCCCGCCUUGAAUCAGUCAACGAAGGAACGAUUUAAGUCGAAGCCUUUCAAUUUCACCGAACGCGAUAAUGUUCUCUUAUUAUACGGUGUUAAAUAACUGAUGCAGUUUGUGCAGGAUCGUUAUAACCCUACGACAAUACAUAACUUGGUGAGAAAACUGAUUAUUGGAAGUGUAAACUGCGAGACAUGACGUCAUAUCAUUGUUGUACUAUGUUGACUGUUGUCUCUCUGUCUCAUUGUUGGCUGUCUCUUAGUAACGACCUGUUGACGUCUUGUGUGGCGAACAAGUUUUUAAUCGUAGACCGUGAAUACUUUACUCAGAUAAUAUAAUUCAACCACCAGGAAUAUUUUGGUUAUAAAAUCUUCGUCGGGAUGUACGAGUUUAUUUCCUUCCUUCUUCUUCUUCUUCUUCACUGGCUCUACAGGCGAAUUUCCUUCAACAAGUCAAAAAGCAACGAAGUUGGAGUCUGCAGUCAACAGGAACAGGAACCCUCUGGACUGCACAUCACGGACUUGCCGCCAGAGGUGCUGGCUCUCAUUUUCGAACGUUGCCCUUACGAAGUCUUGGCUAGACGAGUGAGGCUCGUGUGCAAGCGAUUCUGUGACGUCACAACCUUAGUUCUCAAUUGCGGGUUCUUGACCUUGGGGCCCAAAAUUGAUCGAGCUAUGGUGAACGCCGGGUCUCGUUUUAAAGAAGGUCGAACAGUGGAAGAACUUCUGGUAAUUUUUCAUCCUUUCAGUUCAGAUAUGGUGGAUGACUUGUAUCGUACAGGACAAAGUCGAACAACUGAACAACAACUGCUGAUGGAUCAACAUUACAUUGCGCUGAUGCUUAUGAAGUUUGAGUACCGCGCGUUGAGAGCCGUCGCCUGGAGACACAUUCACAGACCUUACUCCGACUCCGGACAUCUGGCGUGCUUCUACUCCGGCAGUUUGCUGGACGAGUUCCUUAGGUUCCUGCGAGUGGCCCGCCAUUCGCCAAUGUUCGUGGGGUUGUCCAUGCUUAACCCAGAUAAUGGAAACGAAGUCAUUACACUAUGUAUUCAGUGCUCGAAAUUCAUGAAGCACUUCAGGAAAAGAACUGAGACAUUCGAACGUGAUUAUUCCAUCUCUGGGGCAAAGAUUAUUGACCUUUGCUAUGACUUGUUGAAGAAACACGAAAGGAUGACCUCACAUGAACAGGCGGUGACAGUCAAUGGAACGGAAUGCCACAUCGAGGCUGAUUAUAGGUAAGGAAGUUCACAUUAACUUGGGGCCCCGCGAUAGGGAAAUCCUUUUAUCAAUAAAUAACACGCCACCUCGCCAUCUUCAGUUUCUACUGCGAAUUAACAACACUUUGGGUC